AUGUUUCCCGCCUUCUGGAGAACACGGCGGCAGCCUGUGCGUCCGCCAGGCCCCGCGCCCGCUUCGUCUGGCAGGCUCCCCUCUGGGCUCAGCUCUACACCGGUGUCAAGCGAAUCCCCAGCAGCUGCGUCGGCCGCUCGCGAGCCGUUCUCUGCCCCUCUCGGAGGCGAUGCCGCGGCGCCCUCGCCUUGUUCAGUCCCUAUAACGGUCCCAGGCAGGGCUCCGGGCGGGGCUCGUCUGCCUGAAGAAGAAGAAGAGAUCGUGGGUCAUGCCGACGAGAGCCGCGGGGUCUGCUGGCUGAGCUCGGUGGGGAGUGUGCCGUCGGUGAGCGGACUUGAUUCGGGGGCGAGUUCUCCGCUGCUGUCCCACGAGCGCUCGGAGCCUGACGCUGAUAGCAGCGAGAGUCCGAGCGACCUAGAGGAGGCCUCUGUCGACAUGGGGCUUCCUGCUCCCUCACCCGGUCCUGCAACCCCAUCGGAAAGGGAGCCACGCGCCAGCGGGCAUCUGGCACGCGGCGACAAGCGGAGAGAGAAAGGAGAUGCAGGCCGUCGAGUCGGUCGCUGUGAGCCCGAGUUGUGCUUGGCAUUGUCACGCGGAGUUGCGGCGGUGGCAGCAGACGCGUCGUCCUCCCACUCAGCCUGUUCUCCCCCCAUGGUGCUGAGUCAUCCCACCCUGUCCCGUCUUCAGCCUGAGCCCCCUCGGCGCGUGGGGCAUUCGGCGCAUGCGUGCGAGCGAGCAGCUGAACGCACUCGGGAGGCCGCGCAUCUGCCGCCGGUGGCGUCUGCCCCUCCUUCGCUGGGGACGAUCCCACCAGGCCCCAGUUCCGAAGGAGGGGAGUUCUGCGUUCUCGAGCGAAACGUUGGAGGCACCGGAAGCGUCGCCUGGGUGGCGAGCGGGGAAGGACUGCGCCUCUCGCCCGCUGCGUUUUCAACCCCGCCACUUCUCGCCUCGCACCACGCUGGGGGUCAUCUCGCGGCGGCCACCGCGUCCGCCGCACGUCCUGUUUUCUCCGGAGGAACCGCCGAAGACAGCCGACAUUCCGAUCUCGACCUUGAAGCGGGCGCGCACGAUCGCUGGCUCGCCAGCGACGUGGGUGACUCGGACUAUAUCGUCGAGCCCCCGCUGACGCAUUCACGUCUUGGUUUAAACUCUUUGGGAGAGCUCGAGGAGGUCUCUUUCCCGCUUCCAAAGCGGUAUUCGUCAAGCGCCUCGGCGGCACUCGCUGGAUCGAAUGGGCGCGGUGCAUCAUCUGUGGGGGGGUGCAGCAGCCAUUCAAACGUAGACCCCAGCACCGCACCUCGCGAGGGCACAUUGAGAGAGAGAGCUGCUGCGGUAUUGACAAGCGCAGACCCACCGGGCAACAGGGAGCCCAAAGAUUCCUGGGAGGCUGUCGCUGAGGAUCGGGCGGCAGAGCGUCCCUCCGGCAGCGCACGGGGCGACGAAGGCUUUGAACGGAUGAGACGCAGCGCUCAUCAUCUAGAGGAGACAGCAGGUGCGGCGAGUGUUGUAGGUGUCUCCGUCGGUGCCCCGCCUCGGGAGGAAGCAGAGCCUACCAAAACAGUCCUAUCGGGCGCAACACUGGAGGUCCCAUCGCUCGAAUCGAGGCCGAUGGCCCAGCCCGAGUCGCAUGGGGGCGAGCCUCUGGUGAGAGAUGAACAGGGCCCUGCGGAGCAUGUGGGUGCCGCCUCGUCUUUCAGUUGUUUCUCCUUUGCAGACUGGGGGCGUGAACAAGGCGAAGUGAGCGUGGGUUUGCGUUUGGUUUCCCCCUCGUUCGUCCCUGCUUCUUCGUCCCCCCGGAGGAGCGACUACCGCGGCCAAACGUGGCAGAGGGGGCCGCUCGAAAGUCCUUUUGAAGGCAGCAGCGAGCGCGCAGAACUCCUUCCGCAGGGGCAAGCGGCUGGCGUCCUCAAGACCACUGUGCUUUUGUGGGGGGGCCAGCAACUGCCGGAGCGAGGUGACGGCGCCUGUGAACGUGCCGCGCAGAGCCCCGUGGGUUCUCUGCAGAGCAGAUCUGUCUUUUCGUCACGGACGAGGCCUCCCCUACCUGGCAGCGCCGGCGGGGGGCCCGUCGCGCCCCUAGAAAGGUUGCCAGACACUGCAGUCUGCCUUCGCGAGGCGAACGGAGAGGCUGCGAGUCCGUUGGGGUCUCUUGGUUCGGUGGGGCACCUGCAUCGCCCUUUCCUGAUGCCCUACGUUUUCCCGCGAUAUCCCGCCGGCAGCCUCCACGUUCGCGCGUUCCCAGGCCUGGCGAGCGGCGAGAGCCUAGACAUUCAGCGACUCACGCCCGGGGGCUUCGGGGCCCACCGCCAGCAUCAGCCUUCCAGCGUGCUUCAGAUAAUCUCUCCGAGGGGCGGCCCCCCUCCUCAACGGUCUUUUGCGGCGCAACGGUCCUCGGACAGAGAGCAGGGCGUGGCUGGUGGGGCAGUGAGACGGUUGGGGGCUGAGGACUCGCAGUUGCCUCGCGGCAUGAGCGAUUUCUUUUCGCAGUUUGAUGAGAACAGAGAACGCGGCGGAGAUGCUCAAGGCGGGAUCCGCGGCGGGGAUCUCCCGGGCCACUCGACGUCUCCAACUUUUUCGAGUGGCUUCCCCCGCUGUGCGGGCUUCACAGGUCCGCCGACGGGAUUUUACCCAGGUGAACUGGUGGCGCGUAACGUAGGUCUCGACGACUUCUCGAGCGUCAGUACAAUUUUGAGCGAACUUCAAGACUGCGAGAGCAACCGAGAAGAGGGAAUGGGCCCAAGUCGGACUCUCCGGACGGCCCUUCUCCGACAGGUUCAGACCAAGCUGGAAAAGCAGUGCAAGAGACGAUUUCUGGGGAAGAAGCAUCGGUUCAAUAUUCUGCUCACUGGCGAGGAGCUCUCUGGAAAAACGACUCUCUUGAAUGAAAUGUUCGCCACCUGGUACCGGGUUUCUUCUCGACCGGUUUGUUGCGGCGAGGAAGUCAUCUUCCACCUUGGCGAAGGCCGGCCUCUGCUUGAAGUGGCGGUGACAGAGGCGUCUCACGAACUCUUAGCCAUUCCCUACUGCGAAUUGAAGCUCCUUGAGUAUUCAGAUAGAAAGAAGCAGUUCGGUCAGUGCCCAGAUGACAGGAUCCACGUGGCUCUCUGGUUCCUGAAGCCCAGUAAAGGAGUGCUGAGCGCCCAGACACUUUUAAUCCUGCGCCGGCUGAAGAAACUCUGUUGCGUCUUUCCAGUGCUCGCUAUGAGCGACAGCGUCGAUGUCGGAUUCCUCGGAAGCUGUCGCGAGCGAUUGCACGCCGAACUUGCGGAGGCUGGCAUUACGCCUCCGCACGAGUGGCUGUUUGGCGAAACAGCGGCAGCUCCGCCGACAGGAGCCACAGCGGCAGUGGCGCUCACGGCGCCCGCGGAUGUUCCCCCGGUGUUCCCAGGAGACCCGGGUCGCCUCGCGUCAGCACCCGAGCAGCUAAAUGGAGCUCUGUGUGCAUUCCGUCAACCUCCGACAGGAUCUGAGCUUGGGACGCCUGUUUUCCAGCUGCCGUGGGGGGCGGGGGCAGUCGCCCCGCCGGCGUUCACGAGCGGGGUGGGCGCGCUGCCGUCGCAGCUGGCAGCCGCUGCGAGUCAGGCUUGCCCGUUUCUUCCGCAGACACAGGAGGCUCCCUCAUAUCUGACUGAGGACGCUCCGGACCAAGGGCCGCCACGGCAGACUGCAAACGCUUUGGAAGAAGAAGGGCGGUCCUCUGGGGAUGGACGACUUUCUCAGAUCCAACGAUGUCCCAAUAAACCUGAGCUUCGCGAGGAGGAGGCUGAGAUGCGGCGUGAAAAAGGAAGGGAGUUUGCCGCCUCUAACCGACAGCAGAGUAGUGACGGCGGAAGUGGGGGAUCCGAUGACUCUCACGACGCAGUUUUUGCACUGCCGUCGCCGCUACCCCCACCGCGCGUGCCCCAUGAAGUGGGGGCGAGCUCCUCCAAGGCUGUACGCUUGCACGCCUCUGUCUCGGCGGAGGGCGACGAGCCCGGUGAUGGUGCACGCGGCAGCAACUUGGCAGAUCUGGGCAGACCGAGGCAAGGCAGCAGCGGAUGCACGCGUGUGGAACCCGAGACGCCGGAAAGCGAGCGGCGUGGAACCGUUUUGUCUGGGUCCACGAGGCCUUCGAUCCCAGCUCCAGGUGACCCUCUUUCCACCAUCACCUUGAAGGCUGACACAGCCAGUAGCCCUGUGCCCGAGCUGGAGGGCAGGUCGUCCUCCGCUUGUCCUCCACUCGAUUUUGGGCACGCGCCGCGCGAGCCCGGAUUCUGUGUGGGGUUGGCCGCGUCCUCCCUUGAGUUGCUCGGCGCCUCUUCGGGCUGGGUAGCAUCUGUGCGCCGCUCGGUUUUGGCUUUUCCGAUGCUCUUAGAUUCGCGCUCUAGCUUUCUCCAGCAGGAUGCGCGGUACUGCUAUCCGCGGUUUGAAGGCGUGCCGCCGUCCUCGCCUGCGUUCUUGAGGCUUCUGCUGGUGGAGGGGAGUGCGCUUCUGCUUCUGGAUGUAGCGAAAGAGAAGUGUUUUUCACCGUUCUACAAAGUCUUCUGGUCUCGCGACGAGUCGCGGCAGUUACAUAAGAGGCGCGCCCUGGCCAUGUGGCAGCAGGAACAAGCGCCAGCGCUCCAGCGGCUCGACCAGAUGCGAACCCUUCUCGUGGAGAUGCACCGACAGGCGACCAGGAAGAACUUCUUGCACAACCAGAGCCUGCGUGGAGACGCCCACGGGGGUUUCCGGCGUGCCAGCGAGGACGCAAGAGACCCACAGGCAGCGAGUGAGGGGGCGACGGCGAGAGGCUCUGGAGAAGGGCCCGAGCCGGUGGAGACAAAGCGAGGCGCGAACGCGGAAGGCGGCAGAAGAGGCUGUCAGACCAGUGGAGGAAAUGAAGGGAGAGAGAUCGCUGGGGAGACGACACUCAGCGGGAAGGGAAGGAAUUUUCCAGAGGAAACCUUGCCGGCUCAACGGAUCCGUCAAAUCGAAGUGCAGAUCAGACGAAUUCAACAGCUGAUCGAGGCCGUCCAGCGGGAGCAGCGCAAGAAACAAGCCAGAGUCCUGCAGCGGCAGCUGGAGCACCAGCUUGACGAAGAGGCGGGCUUAUCCCUGCCUGAGGACGAAACAGCGGCGGGCCGCGAGACACGCAGCGACAGAAGAUGCGGCGAUGGAGAGCUCGGAGGGGUUGUUCUUCAGGUCACGCAGAUGGGUCUUGUUAGUGCGGUCAUGGUUGGAGUCGGUGCCCUGAUUUUCACUUCUAUCAAGAAGGGGGGCUGA